ACCUCGGUUUUGAUAGCGAUUGGCAAAUAAUGAACUUAAAUAUUGCGUGACAAUGUAUCCAUUAUUCCGAAUUCACAAGGAACCAGAACGAAAUUAGAAGAUGAUUCAAGUGAGACUGAAAUCGUCGAUAUACUCAACUUUGUCGAACUUUGAGCGAUUGGAUUGAGCAGGAAACAAUUCAACAAACUUCUAUUCUUCGAAAAAGAGAAUGACUUCAACCCAAACAUAUGUACCGGCAUCUGUCAAUCAGGCAAUAACACCCCCAAAGACUCCGGAAUCUUAUGGGUAUCAGAAGGUCUUUCACAAUUGGCCUGAACCAGAGAGUGAGCCCGAGGGUAUCUAUUUGCACCACGAGACAGAAGUUCCCCGCCAGGAAUCCGAUUCAAUUCAUAAUUCGAACCUAAACAAUGUGUCGCAUCAAGAAGUCUUACUCUUGCAUGGCGCAAAGCAAAGAUACACCCAUGCAGCAGAGCAACCGAUACCUUCCUUAAGUAAUGACAGAGAAAUGCUUGUUGCAGUGGAAGUUAUUGGUUUGAAUCCAAUCGACUGGAAAGCUCCCGACUUUGGCUUUGGACUGCCUUCUCUCCCCUGUAUAAGUGGCCGAGACUUUGCUGGAAAGGUGGUAAAAUCAACCCAAGUAAAUUCGAGAUUCAAACCUGGAGAUACUGUUAUGGGAAUUUCCACUGAUUAUCGAGAUUCUCGGAAAGCUGCGUAUCAACAAUAUGCAAUCGUUUCGGACUUCAAUGCUUGCAGGCUUCCAAGUACCGUAAGUCCAAUCAAUGCCGCACCACUUGGCGUUGCCUUUGUUGCCGCAGCUCUUGGGUUAGGUAUAUGUUUGGGAGUAAAUUUUGCCAAUGAUGAGGGUAAAAUUCAAGGGCCAGAUCUUUUCCAGGCAAUCCGAUCCAUAUCUAGAGAUUCCAUUCCACAUGAUGUGAGAGCAGAAUGCUUUGAUAGUAUCCGAGAAGAUGAGAGGCCCAAACCUGGGGACUGGAUAGCAAUUUGGGGAGGUUCAUCUGCUACUGGGUGUUGCGCAGUCCAACUUGCAAAACUGGCAGGACUUAGAGUUAUUGCAGUGAUAGACGUUGCCCGAAGUGGUGAACGUAUGUUGAAACAUGGUGCAGAUCUCUUGGUGGAUCGUUUUGACACUGAAAGGGCGAUAUCCAUCGUCAAAGGUAUCACAAAGGGAAAACUCCGCUUUGGACUUGAUACGAGAGGGAAAGAGAGUACAGCCCUUCUCGCACAAACCAUGCGUUCAGAGAAUGGACUUGAAGGGAAAAGAGCGCAUCUUGUUGGCUUGACCGGGUUGCCAAAGGAACCAACUCCAGGAGUGCUAUAUCAUUCGGUUCCCAUCAAGACAUUUCAUGAGGCACCGAAUAUCGGUGAAGGAUUGAUGAUUUGGUUGGAAAGACUAUUCGAGCAAAAUAGAAUAGCGACUCCUGAAAUUGAAGUCGCACAUGGUGGGUUACAAGGCAUAAAUGCAGCACUUGAUAGACUGAGGGAUGGUUCAGUAAAUGGUCCGAGAAUAGUUGUACCAUUAGGACUGAGAAGCUAAGAAGAUAAAUGUAUAUACACUCGAUGAGACAUUGAAAUGAAUAUGGAUAUGACGCGCCGACGAAUCAAAAAGUUUGUUGGACGCGGGACGUGUAGUGGUAGUUUUGAAAAAUAUUCAAGAUUAGAUUAGAUUAGAUACACCCAAUUUAAUAACGUGUUUCC